UGAAAAAAGUUAGCGACGAGGAUUCAGUCGAUUAGGAACCGCAAACAACUGCCAAAAUGCGUAAAAAAAGAUUGUCAAAUUGUCAAAUGUGAUUUCUGAUUGGUUUUGAUGUCAUUUUAAUGUUUAUUUAUAAGUAGGUACAUUGUUUGAUACACGUGAUUACAGUUUUAAUUGAAUAUCUUAGGGAUGUUAAAUUUGAUGUGAAAGAUGUCGUUCUUAACAGAAUAUUUCGAUGAAUAUCGUCAGCACCCGAUUAAGAAAACGAAAAUCCUGAAGAAACAAUAAAUUAUCAGAAAAAAAAACAAUUCGUACAACUUCGCAUCUCGCGUUCCCGCCAAAUAGUCAAGAUGUCGCCCGGAGGAGAGAUGGGCGAAAUUGGAAGGGAAUUGGAUGGACCCGAGGGGCGGCACUCAGGAUAGAGAAUGGACGGAUGAGGAAAUCGAGAAUUUCAUAAAGACAACAAUGAAGAGCCUUCGCGGACAAUCCACUUAUUACAAUGAUUACUGCGCGCACUUGUCGCCAGAAUUCAAAACUCGUCCAUUCAAACCGCGCGAUAAGAAACUCAAACCUUGCGCGUUAAAAGACGACCACGUGGUGGAAGCUACACCAGAGCUAGGUCCGAAGCUGGCCAUCAAGGACACGGAGCUGAUGAAACUUGCAAAGGAGAUUUAUGAACGGAACAUGGACGAACCGACUCUAGAGACGCUGCCCACUCAUCUUAGAAUUCUGGGAUACGUCCGUCCCUGUCUGUACCGGACAGGACUGAGCGACUACCAGGGCGGCGUGGCGCGGCUGGCCUACGAGCUGGUCCGCGACGACCGCAUCCCGCGCUACCGGGCGCACAACGGGUGCCGGCCGCGCUGGGGCCUGCCCCCCGACGGUACCAGGCAACCAGAGCUGGACGGAGCUCCCUUCGACGGAGAGAGACUGUUUUAAAGCAAGCGUCAUUCUGGUUUAUCCCACGUUUUAUACUUCCCUGGUGUUUUUCGUAUUUUACUAAAGUUAAUUGUACCAAGUAAUCAAUAAGAAAUACUGUUUUAAAGCGUCAUUCUAAUUUAUUCCACGUUUUAAACUUACCCGGUGCUCGUACCGGUUAUUCUUAUUUUACUAAAAUUGUACGAAGUAUGUACUCAAUAAAUUAACUAAGAUUGCACGAGACAUGUAAUUUGAAUUUCUAACGUUUUUUUUUCUUUGUUCCGAAAACGAAUAAAACCUUUGAAUGAG